AUGGCGGUCCAUAAGCUGACACCCGUCCUCAUGACGGGAAGUCUAUUCUUGGGUCUAAUCCUCGCCAUCGGUCAUCAUCUCUACUACCAUUAUCUCGACGGGAGGAUCAUCAAGAGUCAAAACCAACAGGAGUGGUUUCUACGUGUCGGCACUGGUAUCGCGUUCCUCGCAAGAGCCUUGUUGUCAGCAGCUGUCGGGUUCGCAUACACGCAAAUACUAUGGCGAACACUACGAUCCAAGUCCGUCACUAUCGAGGGCGUCAACUCGCUUUUUGGCGUCUUGCAUAAUGCUUGGGACUUUACUACCUGGGAGCUCUGGACGGCUGCGCCGGCGCUUGCUGUAGUAGCCAUAAUAGCUUGGGCACUCCCGUUGAUCGCAGUUAUUACUCCAGCUACCCUGACAGUCCAGGUUUCUGACCGUCCAAACAUCACCGUUGUCGACGCUCCCAUUCCACUGCUUGACUACAACAACAUGCUCAACUUUGCUCAAUUCACCGGAGUAGGUGGAGUAGGAUAUUACGCUCCCUCGAGCUACGUCUCAAGGGUGCUCUUAUCAGUAGCGUCUCUAGGCUCUAUCCUGACUUUCCCAGCACCCUUUCCCAAUUCCUCAUAUUCUGUCAACUUUCACGGCCCUUCAAUUUCAUGCGGUACACCUCGCAACGCCACCUUUGCAAAGCUUCUGGCUGAGGCUGUCAAGAACGAGACAUGUUGCGGGAACUCCGCCGGAUACGUUGGAUUCGUUCCAAGCACCAACACGGUGAACAGCACUGAGGAGGGCUACGCCUUGGCUGGUUUGCGGGGUGCAAUGAAUUACUCUCUCAUCUCAUCGCAAUCAACCAUUGAUGAGACGGCCAACUCCAUCAACGCGUCUAGGCUCUUCGUGGUGGUACCCGAUAUACGUGCGUCCAACACGACCAUAAGUUAUAUCAUGGCAAACAAGUCAAUCGAAUGCGCGCUCUACAACUCGUCAUACGCCGUCAACUUUACAUUCGACAACGGUCAGCAGAAUAUUAGCUACAAGUCCAAACGACUAAACGGAGUAAGGUCCAGUGACGCCGGUCUCAACGAGGAUAACGACUCGGACCGGUUCAAUGCUGCUGUCGCUUACAUCGCGCUCAUGGACUCCUUGGGUAAGCUACUACUUGGAAAUCUUGGGAUUUCUCACUACGGUGUGAUGCAACCUAUCCAGACACAGAUCAUGAGCUCUGUUCUCAUGGAUGCCAAAGAAAUGCAGGUUCUUGGUGGUGUAAAUGCGGUAACAGACCGGCCGGAAGUACCUGAUUCUGUGAUUGGGAAUAUCUCUAUGGCGGAUGCAUUGGAGCAGUUGUUUAAGAAUGCGACGAUAAGCCUCUUUAGCAACUCAAGGUUACUGCAAAAUGAUACUGCGGCAUCUCAUGGUAAUAUUACCUACCUCACCACGCAAAUCGCCUUCUCUUAUGAGCCUCGCAACCUCUUCAUCGCCUACGGUCUAGGCCUGUUAGCUUCUCUAAUUAUUGUGAUCAUCGGACUGCUAUGCAUCAAGUCAGCAUCGGCAUCCUAUGCUGCUACUUUCUCAACCAUUCUGCGGACUACACGCAACCCCGAUAUCGAUACUAUCGUCCCUGUAGCAGAAACAUCUGGUGCAGAACCUCUGUCGAAACAACUUGGCGAUACUCGUCUAGUACUGCAGAGACAGGGGCGCAGGCUGGAGGGGAUGGGUGAGGAUAUGGUAACUCUCUUUGCCGUGGAUUCGAUGCCGGAUGAGAAGAGUAGGCCGAAAGACUCUCCUUAUGAUUCGUCGCAUCAUGGGUAUAGAGGCCAGCAAUACUCAGACGCAAAUAUUGAACUUCUGAGCCAAGCCGAGGAUGCGAUAACAGAUUCAAGAGCUGGAAAUGGUGGCAGCCGGAUGUACCCUCGUGGAAAUUGA